CUUUGAAUUUUGCAUAAUAUGUAUUAAUUGUGAUGUUUUCUGUCUAUUAUAAUGAUGUACUAUCGGCAAUAAUACCAGUUGAGUGGGAUCCUCAUGAUGCUUUGGUGGUAGUUUGUUCAUAAUCCGAAGUGGUCCCCAGUCAUGUCAGAUUGCGCGCUGGUAGCCAAUGUAAGCGAACACGAUGCGAGCAUGGACGUGGGGAACGACAAGUCUCUCUUCGAGCCGACUGUUGAUAUGAUGGUCAAUGACUUCGACGACGAACGAACAUUGGACGAAGAAGAAGCACUAGCGGCAGGCGAGCAACAAGACCCCAAGGCGGAACUCAACAGUUUGCAGCGCGAGGGUGAUAUGCCCUUGGAGGAACUACUUGCGCUCUACGGAUACGAUAGAAAUAUGGAUAAACCAGUCCCUGAACCAGCCCCUGAAGUUGUGCCAGAGGAAAAUGAGAAACCGGAGUCAGCACUGCAACAGUUGUAUACUGAUAACACGAGUCCAGAAGCCCCUCGCUGUCUUAGGUCAGGGUCACGGCCCCCCUCUGAAGAAGAAGAUGACUAUGAUUACAGCCCUGAUGAAGAUGAUUGGAAAAAGACUAUUAUGGUUGGUAGUGACUACCAAGCUGGUAUACCUGAAGGUCUAUGCAGCUAUGACGAUGCUUUGCCUUAUGAAAAUGAGGAUAAACUGUUAUGGAAUCCUAGUGUUCUGGAUGAAAAUGUCAUUGAAGAUUAUAUGAAAAAGAUAUGUGCUAUGAAUUCAGGUACAGGAAUGGAUGCAAUUCCUAUAGGGAAGCAUCUUAGGGACGAUGAGGAAGCUUUAUUCUUACUUCAACAAUGUGGGCAUAAUGUAGAGGAGGCUUUAAGACGGCGUCGCAUAUCAGCACAAACACCAGCUCAUGCAAGUCUAUGGUCUGAAGAAGAAUGUCGCAAUUUUGAAAAUGGUAUUAAAGCUCAUGGAAAGGAUUUUCACUUAAUUCGACAGCAUAAAGUCCGAACAAGAUCAGUUGGAGAACUAGUACAGUUCUAUUACAUUUGGAAAAAAACAGAAAGACAUGAUAUCUUUGCAAAUAAAGCACGGUUGGAGAAAAAGAAGUACACAUUGCACCCUGGCCAUACUGACUAUAUGGACAGGUUUUUGGAGGAGCAGGAGGGAACUGGUGCUGGUGUUGUCAGACCUGCUUCACCAUCUCCAAUGAUGGAGUAUGACCCUUCUUCAGCUCCUCAGCCUGAUCCUUUGGCUCUGGGAGAAAAGGAGGUGUUCUCCCAGAUGAAUGCCCACACCCACACAACACCUCCAAGGACACUUUCAAUAGAAGAACCAGAACCUGACACAGGUUCCUAAUACAUGUAUUUUUGGCUUUGCCAUUUGUCAUGUAGAAUGCACUGUUUAAGCCUAUGUCCUACUAGGAUACUAAACAAAAAUCUAAUUUCUGACCAAUAUAGAUCUUUCAAGAGCUGACUAAAAACUAUUUUUAAUUGUUUAGCAAACUGAAUUACAUCACACUUAAGACAGGAGCGGAUCCUUGUAUUUAGAUAUAGCCCUAUGUGCAAAAAGUAGGUAUGUGUCAAUGGCAAUUAUGAGAUUCAGGGGCAAGAAGUUGGAACAUCCAUUAUGUUUAUAUCCAUAUAUAUGUUGUACGCUAUUGAUGAUCUAUUUGGUCAGGCAUUAAGUUUUAUCAAAUGCUUUUAAGUCCUAAGAAUUAGGAUAUAGUCUAAUUAUGAUGUUACUAGUUUUAAGAUCUUGGACAUCCCCUUAUUCAUAAAUCUGUUGCAUUUUUUCUAUUUUUUUACUGUUGACUGGAUUUUUAUAUCAAUGAAUAAACUACAUUAUAAUAACCAUUAUUAUUUAUUAAUUUUACAGUACAAUGUAAAU